CUUUUCUCUCGCCCAAACCUGUUCUCUACCAACAUGUGGCCUUUUUCAGAGAAGUACCCUACCAGAACCUUGGAAGAGAUAGCGUCCCGGGAAUUCGACUAUAUUGUUGUACGUGGCGGCACUGCGGGCUGCGUCGUCGCCUCUCGUCUGAGCGAAGAUCCGAACAAUCGCGUUCUGCUCCUCGAGCGUGGUCCUGCUAUAACGAGCUGGCUAUCCCGCGUACCUCUUCUCUCCCAAGACUUCAGAUUACCAACUGCUCCAGCAUACAAAUGGACUUCACAACCAUUGCAGGCGGCCAGCGAUUUGACAAAUAAGAUGGUCUCCGGCAAGGCCCUCGGAGGGACGUCGAAGAUCAACGCCAGCGUUUACCACAGGUCGACGCCGGCUGAUUACAACGCUUGGUCAAGCUUCGGUGUGAAUGGCUGGAGCUGGUCUGAAGUCGAACCGGUUUUUAACAAGUCCGAGAAAAGCCUCUCGCAUCCGAAUUCGCCUCAUCGUGGACAUGAUGGGCUAUGGAAAAACAGGGUACCUCCGAUCUAUUACAAGCACACGCCACAAAUCAUCGAAGCCUGUUCAAACAUCGGCAUUCCCUACCUGAAGGACGCGAACGAUCCGAAUGCGCAGUCGUUUGGAUGUACGCGCCUCGACGUUACGCUCGGGGAAGAUGGCUUGCGUCAGUCGUCUUUCGACGCCUUUCUUUCCCACGAGAUCGCCAUAGCUCGCAAAGGGAACCUUUUCGUAUGCCCGGGAGUCAUCACUACUUCUGUCCAUCUGCAGCAGACGGUCCAGGGUCCCACAGCAGUGGGCGUUCAGAUGGAAUACGAAGAUGCUGAUGACAAAGAUGCAUCUGUAUCCUUCUACGCGCGAGCUCGUCGCGAAAUCGUCAUAUCCUCGGGAGCUAUCGGAACCCCACAGCUCUUGAUGCUCAGUGGGGUCGGACCUGCUGAUCAUCUGACGAAUCUCGGCAUUCAUGUGCACAAAGACUUGCCGGGAGUCGGUAACGGCUUGCAAGACCAUUCGGGCGUUGCCGUGGAGUACAAAAUCCCCAAGUCCGAAACUCUUCACGCUGCGGAGAGCUCGAUGAUCCUCGUCAUUCGCGAGCUGAUCAAGUUCUUAGUCACCGGAACGGGCCUCUUCCUCUCGCCGAACCCCCAGGUCUCGAUCUUUGCCAUGUCCAAAACGUUGGACUUCACCUCAGACCUACUUGUCCGCGCUGACAAGCGCGACCUUGACGCUCAUAAUCCGGAGAAUAUCUGUGACAUCGAAAUUAUGCCGAUUCCUGCCAACGCACGCGACCCUCUCUUCAAGGACCGACUGAAGAAAUCUGAAGGAGGUUUCUCCUUCCUUUGCGCGGGGCUCCGCCCCAGAUCCACAGGAACAGUGCGCUUGAACUCGCUUGAUCCCCGAGCGAGGCCGGAGUGCGAUCUUCGAACAUUCUCCGAUGGCGAAGAUCUUGUCGUUAUGCGCAAGGCGGUUAGACUGGCUCUCAUGAUUGGUCGGAAAAUGCGCGAACAAGGUUAUCCUAUGAGCGACCUGCACGUCCCGAAAAGCGAAAGCGACGCGGAUCUAAACGAUUUCAUCGAGAAGGACGCGCAGUCGACGUAUCAUUAUUCUUCUACCUGCAGGAUGGCGCCAGAGAAACAGGGAGGCGUGGUGGAUGACCAGCUGCGGGUGUAUGGGAUCCAUGGACUUCGGAUUGCUGAUUCCAGCAUUUUCCCGACAAUUCCUGCCGCUCAUCUUCAGGCGCCAGCGGUCAUGAUUGGAGAACGAUGCGCGGCGUUCAUGAUGGGUUCCUGAAGUGGUGUCGCGCAAUGAGUUCCGUGUUUACUGAAGGAAAAGGUCAAGCUCGCGAGGGUUGACGAUAGCCGUGUGCACGCCAAUUUUGAUUUUGCAGAACUACGGAAAUGUCUACGCCUGAAAGGUUGCCUGUAUACGUUGCUACAUGUAAUUUGAUCCCGCAUCUGUAGUUACCCGUGUCCUAUAUACCAAGUCAUAUUACAUAUUGCACAGUC